AUGGACGUCGAGAGACAGCAACUUCUAUCCUCGUUCCCAAAUCCACCCGCCGGAGUCCCCUCGCGUCAAAGGCCGACGACAUCGCCCAUCGCAUGCCCAUCUGACUUCGGCUAUAUCCAAGUGUGCAUGGAUCCCGAUUACAAGCAGGUUGUGCCUCAGGCCGAUCAUGCAGCAGCCUCAUCAGAGUUCUCACUUGUCCUCGAUAACCCCAAAAAGUUAUUCUCCCCUCUGGACACCAUAACUGGUUAUAUCAAUGGCUGGUCGCCCUCUUGCCCCUCGCAACAUGUUCAUAUUAUUCUCGAGGGACGCGCAAAAUCAUACAUCACCAUCGAUAACGACCUAUCACAUAAGGAUCGGACUCCCCUUCUCUACCAGAUCACCCAUCUUCUUUCAUCAUCCCAAGUGGUUCCACGCUUUUCCAUCCCCAUUCCUGAGCACGUCCCUGUUGAGUUAAAAAAGCUGAACGCCCUGGUACCGCGCCAAAAUAUAAGCGAGUAUUACUGGACACAUGAGUGGCCAGCAUUAGAUCCAUACGAAUAUGAAGCUGGGCAUCCAUUACCACCAAGUGUAAUACUGCCGCGGCGAUCAAAUUUAGGAUUUCUCUUUAAUGCAGUUGGGCGCGGAUACAUUGAGUAUAAACUUACAGCCAUCAGAUCACGAGUGGGCGAUGGUGGCAAAAUGACCCCAGAUGCGAAUUUUCAGGUUCCAAUUUGGCUCACCACCCUUCGACUUCCGUCCUCUAAGCUCGAUUCUCUCCUUCAGGAGACCAACUCUAUAUCCCAUAAUCUCUCGAUCCAAACCCUAAAGCUGCUUUCCGACAAACGUUUAUCUUUCGGCGAAUUGUUCCGAGACGCAUUUAGUUCUUCAACACCAGGCUUCUACUUCACGCCCACUAUAACUAUCCCCAAACUAUCCAUACCCGGCGCAAAUCUCCUCGUCUCCAUAUCAGUCACUAUCCUCCCACCCCCCCUCGCCAGACUCUACAACUUCCCCGUUCCAUCUGUCUCAAUCUCCUCCUUUCACUGUCGGAUAAGAUCUUACACAGGAAUCCGCACAAAGGGCUUACUCCUCACCCCUUCCCACGCAUAUACGUUCAAACACUGCGAACUCCGCUGCGAAAAACAGCUGCCAACCGCAGCAUUUCAUCCCAAGGAAGGAGGCUACGAGGGACAAAAGUGCGUUGUGACGAUCGCGUUGCCAAGGACCAUUCUCCCUAGUUUUAAGACAUUCAAUUUUUGGCGGAGCUAUAAGGUGGAGGUUGAUGUCGCUUUUAGCUGUGCAGGUAAAGAAGUCGUGAUGUAUGCAAAGAGCGAUUUGAAUGUUGUUGCGAGACCUGCUGAUGGAAGAAGGGAUGGAGAAGUGGAGGGGGAUUUGAAGACAUACAAGACGGAACCAGAAGAAGAGAUUACGAGUUUAGAAAUGGCAACAACGGUGGUAGAGAUGACUAGUUUAGGUUUGGGGGUUACGGAAGUGUGGGAAGGGUUGUCUGCAUUCCCCGGAUAA